CAGCCACUUCACUGGUCAAAUGGUGGCACCGUGCACAUUUCACUAAAUGAAAAUACAUUUUGCAUUGUUUAACAUGUUACCUGUAUGAAAGUUUUUAUAAUAUACAUGUUUUUCAAUUACCUCCCACGUACUAAUUGCAAUUCUUUGCAAUAUAUGGUGCAGAUGCAUCAAGUGCUUCUGCGACGACAGUAUGCAUAUAGCGGAAUCAUGCCGCCGUCUCAAGUCUGGUAUGAUUUGUUGAGGUUUCCUCGAUCUAAAAAACUAGUGCAUUUGUAUGACGUAUGUCCGAGUUACAUCGUUAAAAGCCGCACUAUCCGACAGAAUCGUGUUUUUAACGGAAUAGACGAGUUGGGCAAUGGAGAGAUAAAGAACAUAUCUUACACAACCAAUUUUAAGAUGAACACUGCACAAAGCGUACAUGAGAUAUUGGAUUCGAUGAGCCAACAUUCUCAACAAAUCGAGUAUCAGGUGCAAGCCAUACUAAUGCUGUGGUCAUAUUACCAGCGUUUACCGAAUACAGCAAGGCCACUUGUAACAAAACAGUUAAACAAAAAAAUUGUACCCCAUCUGUUGUCGCAAAUACCUAACAUGGAUAUUAACGAGUUGAGCGUUUGCUAUUUAUACUUACGUAAAAUGCAUGUACCAAAUAGCGAUGGCACGCUCCAAUCUAUUCUAUCACGUGGGCUAAAACUCAUAGAAUUGGCCGUGGGAAAGGAUUUGAUCCCACUUCAGGCAUUGUCUCGUCUAUUGGUAGGCAUUAAUCUAGAGCGUGACUUUUUUACACCACUCGUCUGCCAGCACUUCAAACCCCACCUUGAGCAGCAUAUAGCUGACUGCCAAUCGGAAUAUCAAGUCCGCUUGGUGUCCACGUGUCUCUUCCAAUUGCACGGGUUAAUUCACCAAGAACUGCUAGAUGUCUACAAGCAACGAGUUAAUGAACUUCUUCAAAGAGGUAUUCUCAACAGUGGCACACCUAAGGCACUGCUCAAGUUGUUGCAUAUGCUCAAUCUACCAGUUUGGUCAAAUCAGAAUACAACGUUAAUACGACAGUUGAUGUUACAACUUCGCAACUGUAUAUGCACAAGGCAACUGGAGCCCAAUGAUCUAAAAAGCGUUUGUCGCACUUUUUUACACCAUCAAGAGCCAGCAGAGCUUAUGCAACCACUUAAGGAGGCAACCGAGUCACUUCUGCAACAGGAAUCAUCGGCAGAUGCACUCUCGUGUGCAGUGCCUUUUAUGGACUUGGAGCAACGUGAUGACUAUGUACAACAGUUUCGUAAACUUUUAAAGUCAAAGUCUGCUUGGGAACAGCCCAAUGCUAGCGGUCAUUUCUUCAGUGUGCUGCGCGCUCUGAAGAUUGCUGAUGUGCGCGACUGCGAUGCAUAUUGGGCGGCUGUAAUUAGAACGUUGCAGAUAUGUUCUAAAGAACAAACAAAUCUGCCUUUCUUACGUCAUUGCCAGCGAUACAUGAACUUCAACAAUAAUUUGGGUGGCACGUAUCGUCACCUCGAAUUUGAGCGUGUGGUAAGCCGGCUUUGUCUCGAUGCCAUCGAAAACAGCUUGACUGGGCGACUUCCCUCAAAGUUUGCUCAUAUGGCCGCCUUUGUUAUGGCCUAUGGCCAUACACCCUUUGCAUGGAAGAAGUUUCCCAAUAUUCUACUUAGCAAGUUACUCGCCAUGAUGCCCCAGUUUAAUAUUCAGGAUUGUUUUCUUAUUAGUCGUGGAAUUCAAAUUGCCUGCGAAUUGCGCUUUCGUCACCAUGUCCCUUCAAUUCUGGGCAUGCAGCUGUCAACAAUAGACAGCAUACUCAUUGCAUGCAGUGAACGUCAUCUUUUAGCCAGCGAAGAAACAAGCCAGCCACUGAAGGCCACCGAUUUAAACAUUAUUGUGCGUACACUCAGCCAUAGAAAAUCACUUAAGAACACUCAGGUGUAUAAUCUAGCACUGGAGCGUUAUAAGACGCUUAGUAUUGAAGAUCUGAACUCACGUGUAGUGCGAGACAUGGCGUACAAUUUCAAUACAUCGCACUUCGUUGUACCUGCUCUGUUAGAGUCUAUGUUCAAAUAUGUGACUCUACAGCACAAUCACAUCACGGGCGACACUGUUGAGAAAGUUCUCACAUGCGCUUAUAAUCUUGGCUAUACCCCUGCAUCCUUGGAAUCACUUGAGUACGCCGCUGAAAUUAUACUUCGUGACUUUGAUCAGAUGAGCGGCCUAUCUGUGGUGCAGUCAUGUCUGGCAUUGUGUUAUUACAAAUCCAUUCCAGAUCAAUUGAUCAACUUGGUUUUCUGCACAAAGUUCAUUCAGCGGAUCGAGGAAGAAAUACAAAUAUGCUAUUCAAAGGCCACAUACCCUGGAUUAGUACUUAAUCGAAUAAUGCAACUUAAUCGAACUGUAUGCUUGGACUUCCCAGAGGCAAAUGUGCCCUGGUUUCAGCAGAAUUAUGUCGAGGCCCAGCUUAGCAAAAAAUCAUUUAAAUUCAGUGAUUUUGGCACGGACAUUAGGCUAUAUUUACAGGGUCUGCUUAAAGAUGAUAAAUAUUUUCGAUGCAACCAUACAACACCUUAUGGGUAUCAUAUCGACUUUGUGAUACACUUCGAUAAGGAUAAGAAACCCAUUCCUGCAUCACCCAUAGAAGCCACAAUGUUAGAUCGAAUAACUAAGGUUGCCAUUUUAUUACUUAAACUAGAUUCGUUCUGUGAAAACGAUUUGUCAGCGUUGCGCGGUCCCGAUUCGUUAAAGAUGAAACAUUUGGAAAUGAUGGGCUACAAGGUGCUGCAAAUUAACGAGCAUGACUGGAAUUCCAAACACAGAAUGGCACCAGAUGCCAAGGUCAACUAUUUAAAGUGUCUCCUUCAAAUUUCAUAG